AUGGAUAGUAAUGGAGAUAAUAUAGAUUCUGAAUGUCAACAACGUGUCCCACCUACUGCUUCAAAUAGACGACGUCGUGAAUUGGAUAUAGACCAUGAACGGGAACGAGGGCAUGGGCGAGGACGAGGUCAAGGUCGUGGUCGAGGUCGUGAUCCAGUUUCGGUAGAAUAUGAUAUCCCCAAUGCCAGUCAAAGUCGGAGCGGAAACCAAAGACGAGUUCAAGGUUAUGAUAUGCCUGACAUUGCUGUGGAGGAUGCCUCUUUACCUGAUUAUCCUCCUGUCCAGGAAGAGGACCUUACUCAUGCUUUUCCAGGUGGACUGAAUGAUCCAUCAAUACUGCGGAGUUUCAAUAGUCAUGUCGCUGUAGCUGUUUGGCACGGGGAGUUAGCUCGUUUCACUUAUCGGUUCGUCAAGAAGCUUCUAAUCUCCAAUUUUGUUGAGAGAUGGCAACCUGAGACGAACACAUUUUACAUGACAGUUGGUGAGAUGACCUUGACCCUGGAUGAUGUUGGCACUAUUCUUGGCCUUCCCAUUGUAGGCAAAUCAGUCAGCGUACCAAAUGUGACAGAUCAUCAUGGAGUUACACUACUCGUUUAUGGCUUGGGGAUUACUGAACGUGUAGUGUAUGAAGAGGUUUCUACUGCUGGUGACAAUUCAGUCAGGCUUGAGUGGUUGCGAAGUUAG